AUGAGGCCAGAUGGGUGGCCUGGUGAGGAACAUGAAUUGUUCACGCAAUGGGCAAUAUCCCAGGGCAUCAUUGUGAAUGGCGUUGGCCCAGCAAAGUUCCCAGGGCGUGGUCUAGGAAUGAUAGCCAUGCGGAGUAUACAAGAGAAUGAGGCGAUUGUGAGAGUCCCACGACAAGUAAUGUUGACAGUAGAUGCGAUUCCAUCUUCAUUCGCUAGCAAAUUUGCUGAGGGAACACCGGUACAUGCGCUUCUAGCUGCAUUCUUGUGUCAUGGCGAGCCAGAGGACCUGGAGCAGUAUGAGCUUUGGAGAAAAACCUGGCCAACCCGGGACGAUUUUGAAGAUUGCAUGCCGAUUUUAUGGCCAGAGACUUUGCGUGCUUGCUCUUCUUCUGGAACGGCCACUAUUCUACCACCGUCAAUAUCGGGUUGCUGGAAGAGUGUACCGAAAGAGAAACUGAAGUUCGAAUAUGAGUCUUCCCACCAGAAGCUUCUCCUCCAGCAGGAACAACGAUUGCGCAAGGCAUGGGAGAGCGUGGUUGCUGUUUUCCCAGAGACCAGCAAGGAAAUUUACUCCUAUUACUGGUUGAUUGUCAACACAAGGAGCUUCUUCUAUCUGAUGCCUGGCCAGGAGCCGCCUGAAGAUCGGAACGAUGCUAUGGCGUUACUUCCAUUCGCUGAUUACUUCAAUCAUUCCGAUGUGGCAUGCGAUGUGAAGUUUGAUGGCCAAGAAUACGUCUUCAAGGCUGUGAAAGCGUACGAGGCGGGCGAGGAGAUUUUCAUGAGUUAUGGGCCUCAUCCAAACGACUUUCUCUUCACCGAAUAUGGAUUCUACCUAGACGAAAACGAAUCCGAGGCAUUAUACUUGGAUGAUAUAGUAUUUCGAGACCUCAGCACAUCCAUUCAGGAAGAGUUGAACCUGCAGCAGUACUUCGGCAACUAUCAAGUCACAACCACGGGAGUGUGUUACCGGACCGAAAUUGCCGCUUGCAUUAAAUAUAUGCCACUCGAAGACUGGCAGAACUACGUCCUCGGCUACUCUACCAGAGGAGUAGAUGAAAAGAAGUCGGAAGAAAUUAUCCGAGACUGGAUCCGUACAUAUAUAAAAGAGGCGGAUUUGGCUAUAGAUGAAUUGGGUAAUCUUGGGUCUAGCAAGAUAGGCCAAGAGCACCAGGGGAAGGUGCAAAUAUUGUUGAAGAGGUGGAAGCAAAUCAAGGAACUCUGUAAUAAAGCGUUGCAAGCCGUAUAA